AGGAAGAAACCAAUUGAUAAUGACCACGUGUUCGGUUCAAAGGGCUUUAAUUCAGCUGAUUCCCUUUGCAACUACAUAUAUGAUUUAGGGUUUACAACUGAACAAACAUAAAUGGCCCCGUUAUAUUGUACAACUGUAUCUCAUUACACUUUGACUGUAGCAGUAACGUGAAAAUGGCAGUGACGGCAACGAAAAGACAAGAUACUUUCUUGUUUAAAUAUACUUUAUCGGCCACAUCAGCAAUUAUUGCAGAAAGUGUAACAUAUCCAUUAGACUUGACUAAGACACGACUACAGAUACAGGGAGAGGCUGCACAACAUAAAAGUCAUGGUAAACCUACUAGUCAACCCUACAGGGGUAUGAUAAAAACAGCAUUUGGAAUAGCAAGUGAAGAAGGCUUCUUUAAGUUAUGGCAGGGAGUUUCCCCAGCUCUGUAUAGACAUGUCUUUUAUUCUGGGUGUCGUAUGACAUUUUAUGAACUUCUCAGGGAUAAUGUUCUUGGCAAAAAUAAGGAUGGAACAUUUCCAUUGUGGAAAGCCACCAUAGCCAGUACAGUAGCCGGAGCAGGCGGUCAAUUUGUUGCAAGUCCAACUGACCUUAUAAAAGUUCAAAUGCAAAUGGAGGGUAAAAGAAGGUUGGAAGGAAAACCACCCAGAGUUAAAAGUUCUCUGCAUGCCUUAACAAGAAUAGUAGCAGAAGGGGGAGUGAGGGGUUUAUGGAGUGGCUGGGUACCAAAUUGUCAGAGGGCUGCAUUAGUUAAUAUGGGAGAUUUAGUGACAUAUGAUACUGUCAAGCAUCAGUUGUUGGCACAUACAAGUCUUAAAGAUAAUUAUGUCACACAUAUGAUAUCAAGUGGUUGUUCUGGAAUAAUGGCAGCCCUUCUAGGUACACCAGCGGAUGUGAUUAAAACUAGAAUAAUGAAUCAACCAACAAAAGAUGGCAAGGGUUUAUUAUAUCAUGGGUCUGUAGAUUGUCUCAUCAAAACUAUAAAACAAGAAGGAUUUUUUGCUCUUUAUAAAGGACUAAUACCCAUUUGGAUACGAAUGGCUCCAUGGUCAUGUACUUUCUGGUUGUGUUAUGAAAAGAUACGGAAAUAUGCUGGGACGACCUCAUUCUAAAUAAUCAGGCAUGGUUAAUAUGGAAAUAUUAUUUCCUAUUCAUAGAGGAUAUAAUAAAUAUUUACAUUUAAUUAGUUCCAAUAAAUCUGAUAUUAUGAUUAAUUGUAAGCACCCAGAAUAAUAUUUGUAUUGUUGUCAUUGAUUUCUACAGUGAACCGACAUAUUUAAAACAUGAUUAGGAGCCUGGAAUCAACCAGAAUGUCCCAAGUGGACCAAGGUGCAUCUUCAGGACUUUUCAAGUCACAUUUGUCAGGGCAGACCUGAAAAUAAUUAGUAUCUGAUAAUUUGAAUGUAAUAAAGUUAUCGAUGAAGACACAGAAAUAAGACAAGUCUUUGCCCGACAAAUUGGCAGGCAGUAGGGUGGUAGUGCCUGUCAAAACCCAGAUCUGUGCUAUGUUUGUGACAAGUGCCUUAUUUCCAGGAUUGUAGAGGAGGCAGAGCUUGAAAAGCGAACAAGACAAGGAAAGUAAACUAACCCUUUUGUCACUGUCUAGGCAAAAUUCUCCUCCUUAGCCUUGUACAACAUAUGACCAUAGAAAUAAAAACUGUAUUAAAGUUACAAUUUCAUAUUUUUAAGUUAUAUUUUUAAAAUUUAUUAAAAUAAAGCCCUUAAAUAGUUGGUAUCUAUAAACAGUCUACCUUCUUAAAGAAUAAUCCUAUUAAUCCUAUAAUUCACUAUUGCCAGUGGAGAAAUUGACAAAAAUAUCAUUUUCAACUUCAAAUUCAAACAUUUGAAGAUAGCUAUUCCAUGGUGGGGAAUAGGAAAACAAAGGAGGUAAUUGUGUUAUUAUUUCCGGUGUGAAGAUUUUUAAGUGUGAGAAAGAUAACCUAUGAUCGUAUAAUAGUGAGUUGACAACCUAUUGAGCAAAAGACAUAGAAAUAGUUAUGUUUUGACUUUCUUAGAAAAUAUGAAAUUGUAACUUUAAUCUCAUAAUGACCACUGUUCCUUUUCUUGUCAAAUUCUCAAAACUAGAAGUGUUUAAAUGAGUUGGAUUAAACUGGUUUAGGCCAGCUUUCCAUAUAUGCAUUUCCAUGUAAAGAGACAAAUUUCUGAAACAUUUGGGGAAUCCUGACAUCAUAAGUGAGGAUUUCUCUUUACAGCAUGGAACCCAACAUUGUUUACGUUCAGUCACCGCCUUUUUAUAAUUACACCAUGUCCAAAAAAAACCUGCCAUUUGCAAGCUGAGCGAUUGAUUGACUUAGUGGAAGAGAACCCAUGUUUAUAUGUCAGAACAUAGACACUGGUUUGGGCAUGCAUACUUCAUCACAUUUGUACAUUUGCAUUAGACCAACUUUUUGCCAGCUGAAACGUGUACAUGGAAAGUGGGCCUAAGAAUGAUAGGGAAGUAAUGAUGAUUUCAUACAAUAUAAAAUUUGAUGAUUGAUUUCAUUUAAUCUGACUUUGAAAUUUAUUCAUCAUUUUUAGUUUAUAUAUUAUUUUGUUUGUAGACACAACUUAAAGAGUUGUAAAUGUUUGAAUUAUAUUAAUUCAUGGACUAUGUGCUGUAUUACCUCACUGAAAUGUAAAUAUUGAAAAGAAAAUACCUCAGUAAAGCCAUUAUCCAGGUUUUUUUUUGUGAUAAUGGUGAGUUUGUUACUGAAAUGAUUUUUAUUGCAUGUAUUUAAAACAUAUACCAGUGAAUAAAAUGUACAAAAUAGCUAUAAAUAUUUUUUCUGUACAGACUUUACUAAAUUAUCAUUUUAAAUGUCCAAUCUAUAAUGUUGAGAGUAGUGAUAUGUAUGAUUUGGCUAACCUUAAUUCAAAAUUUUUGUGUGGCUUCUGACAAACUACAGUAGAAUUUGUACACAAAGGCAUACCAGCAGGAUAUGCUUGGUACAUCAAGGCAAGGAUUCUGAUGCAUAUUGGGUUAUCAGUAGAUCUCAGGUUUCCCUGUUCAUCUGUGUCUUUGAUUACCAGUUGCCAAAAAGUGGGAUGUAUGAGAUUUCCUGGAUAUAAAUUAUUUUCCGCCUAGUGUUUUACAUUAUUUCAUAAAAUGCAACUACCAGACUUUUACUAACAAAAAGAGAUAAAUAUUUGUCAAUACAACUGUAAGAUGAGCCUCAGGUGAGAUAUAAAUCAUUCUAUCAUUACCAUUUACCGGUACACAGAUUUUAUACUGGUGACUUGUUAAACUUAUUGAUGUUAUUGUUACAAAUAUAAGGUAAAUUUAUAAUGUAAAAUAAAUAUCUAUGACUUCAGGGUAAUAUAUGAAUAUAAUUUGCUAUAUUAAGAUGUUAAUUGUUUGUUUAAUGAAUGAAAUUACAUAUGGAAAUGAUUCUUAACCCUUUAGCACUUAGACCUCUCCACACCACUAGUCACGUGGCACAGCUUUUUGCACGCACAAACUAACGAAUACAGAAACCUAUUCGUAUUUUUUAGGCAGUCUGAGGCAGUCUAAGAAACAGCAAUUUUAGUGUGUCCAUAACCUGUAUUAGUUCAUCACUUUUUAAAAUAUUCUUCAAGGAACCAGGGCAUUCAUUAUAUACAUGUACCAGGUGAUAAAGGGUUAUAUUGUAUAUAUACCAGUGAUUGUUAAAUAUAGUAUAUGUAUGUUGGUCAGAGUUAAAUAUAGUAUAUGUAUGUUGGUCAGUGUAUGUCGAUCAUGACCCAAUCAUCCAAAUAAUUUGAAAUUAGGGCCAAUACAAAAGCUUUAAUUGGAUUCCUGCCCAAAAAAUUUAUGAUACAAUAUUUUCCUAGCGUUUACUUUAGAAAUAUAUUUUUAGCUAUCUUACUUACAUAUUUUAAUAUUUAUCAUGAUGUCAUAAAUUUUUUGUAGUGAACUGAUUCACAGAGGAGAUUAACUCAUAUUCUUGUUGAUUAAUAUUUUGUUUAUGAAUUGUUGCUAA